AUGGGAGCGGAGCGGCGAGCGGGAAUUUCAAAUUUCAAAUCUGGGAGUGGCGGAUUUCAUGGGGAUGGCAGUCUUUCCGUGGGUGGAACUAGUAAUCAGGCUAGUUUCCAAGCAUCUCAGGGUACUAAAGGGGACAAUGAAACUGUCAAAUCAGUGGAAGAUAAAGAUUCAAAAAUCGAGGACCCACAUGAUAGAGGGGUUGUCGCUAUUUCUAUUCCGGAUAAGCUGGUUGAUCUUACUGUGUCUGGAUUAGCUAUGCCAUUAGUUGGAAGGUUUGCUGGGAAAGGAAAGAGAAAGCUGGAGGAAGGUGGACCCAGCAAGGAAGAGUCGACUCAGAGAAAAAAGAGCAAGAGUGCUAUUGGGAUGAAAACCCAAGAGGACAAGAAUGACACAGAGGAUACCGAAAAAGAUGGCAGUAAAAUGGAAAUGGAUGAGUCUGGAGGUGAGGAAAUUUGGAAAGAUGAGGAUGUGGGAGUAGACGAAGAUGAAGCUGAGGAUGUGUCCGACCAAGAUAGUCCAAUUCACAGUUCUAGCUUAGGCAAUGUCAAUAGCCAACCUAUGGUAGAGAAGGAUGAUAAGGCUAAUAAGGAAAAAGAAAUGGAUUCUGAGAGGGAGAUGAAUAAGGAACCCGAGAAGUAA